CCGAGAUUAGAUAUUCUUUUACAUUUUUUUCAGUAUUCACAAUAUCGACUCAAGCAAAGGAUACAGUUGAAUUUCGUACGUAAAAACAUUCAAGUAUUUUAGAUUUAUUAACGGUGAAUCGAAUUUCUCAACAUUUAUUUGUAAAAUCCAGCCUAUAUAACAGUGAGCGGAUACAAUUUUGAAGCUCUAGUCAAUAGUCGAGACUGCUAUUACAAUAACUUAUACUAAAAAGUAAAAUCCAUCGUUUAAGUUUCUAAACUUAGUGAAAAUUUCAUCCAUCAAUCCAUUGAAUCCAGUACCGAUUGACAAAGGGGACCAACUAGGUUCGACCAGGAUGACACUCCUGGAAGGUUGGUGUUCAAGAAUGUUACUACAUCUGAUAUUAAUAGCCUCAUCUUUUCAUAUGAUUACUGAGGUGACCUCCAAUAAUGAGGAUUAUCUACACGUCCUUCGCUGUUACUUUAAUUUAACAGAAUCUGCCACUUUUAAAAUCAUUUGGAUGUUCGCAAACCAGCUGGGGAUCGAUGGUCUUCUGCCGAUACACCGAUCCUCUUAUCAAGGGAGAGGGGAUGUAGUGAAAGCUCUCAUCAAGAUUGGAGUACCCCUAGACGUCUUAGAUAAUAAACUGCAAAAGCCACCGUUCAUCUGGGCAGCAAGGGGUGGAAACGUUGAGGUUUUAAAUUUGCUAAAAGAGGCAGUACCAAGUCAGAUUGUGUGGUCAGACAAGGAUGGAACAGCACUUAAUUGGGCAACCAAAGAACGACAACAGAGCGCCAUACAGUGGCUAAUCGCGCAGAACAUCAGCCUGGAAUCCAGAGACGGAUUUCACAUGUCCCCUCUACAGACAGCCUCCUACAACGGCGAUUACGGAGCAGCGAAAUUGCUACUUGACCAUGGCGCCAAUAUAGAAUCAUUCGACAACUACUGGUGGACGCCGAUGUUUUGGGCGACAGCGAACGAUCAUAUCGAUGUAGUACAACUCUUGCUCAACCGGUCAGCAAUAGUGAACCGCGCGGAUAUGAGCGGAAUGACACCGUUGCAUGAAGCAGCCAUGGGCCACAGCGUCAACUACACCGGUGAUGGAACCGACAUGCUGCAGCUCCUGCUGGACCAUGCUGCGGACCUCCGGACACGGUCCAUCAACGGGUUCACAGCUCUCCACCAUGCGGUAGCGAGUGACCGUCUGCAUGCGACAGGUUACCUUCUGAAGAAAGGAUCCGAUGUCAACAGCGCCUCCUACAACGGGAUGACUCCUCUACACCUUGCGUCUAGCAAUGGUUACUUGAUCAUGGCAGGACUGCUUCUGGAUAGAGAAGCUAAUGUGAACGCCAGGGACCAUAACGGUAGGACGCCGCUGUACGUAGCCAAGGGAAAGGAUAUGGUUGAUUUCAUCAAGUCGAGAGGAGGUACACUUUAGUGAGUGGGGACUUAGGCCUUGUUUAUUUCCACAUUUGAAACAAUAAACAAAAAACAACUAUUGUACCAAUUUAAAAUUAAAUUAUCUCUAAGAAGGUAUCAUCAUACUGUCUGUGUAAAAACACAAAUCACCCCAACUGCUUCUUUGUUGUUUUUUUCACGGCCUGAAGACUUGACAACUCAAGAAAGAUUUGGAACUAUAAAUGUGUAUAUAAUAUCUGAUAUACAAACAUAUUAAAUACAGUUUGAUUAAAUACAAAAUUAAUAUUUAUAUAUAUCCACCCCAAUUGCUCCAAUUACUCAAUGGUUUAAACUC